GGCAGGAUUUCUGGAUGAUGCUUAAAAUAUCCAGAAAAGAAUUUCAGAUUCAGUCUUUCUGAAAGUCAUCCAAAGACAACGUUUACUGUUAGCUAGAUAUUCGUCAGCAGGAGGUGUGUAUGUGUGUGAAUUAACACAAUGUGCCUUUAAGAUAAGCUUCAGGACACGGGCUGGUUGGUAGGAGGGGUUUUGAAACACUCAGAUCUCGCGCCUACUUUCGUUAUCUGUCUAUAUAAGUUGUCUUUUAGCUCAUACAUCACAUGCAGCUGUGUUAGAGGCACGCAGAGAGACGGGUGAACAUGUCAGGCACUCAGGAUAACAAUAAAUGGGACGUCGUCCUCACUUGUGUGGGCCUGCCGCUGUACCUGGUUGACAUAGGGCUGGAUAUAUGGGCCGCUGUUUCCUUCUAUAAGGAAAAGGCCUACGUGUGCCUUGCCAUCCUGCUGUUUCUGCUCCUGGGCUCGUCACUGCUCACUCAGGCUUACAGCUGGCUUUGGUAUAGCUAUGACAAGUUUGAGAGGAAGACGAAGGUUGAGCGCUGGCCUACCGAGAGGCUGCUCAAACUGCUGCAUGUUUUCCAGCUGGGAAUCUACUUCAGGCACGCAGGAGUCCUGGAAAAGACUGUAGAGAACUUCAUCACAAAGCUCCGUGACACAGAGGGUGUAGCUGUGUUUCUGAGCCACGAUCUGAGCAUGUUACGAAUCGUAGAGACGUUUUCAGAGAGCGCCCCACAGCUCACACUCAUGCUCACCAUCAUUCUGCAGCAGGGCCAUCUUGAUGUUUUUACAGUUCUAAAAGCCGUCGGCUCGGCCUCGGCUAUCGCCUUCACUGUGACGACCUACCAUCGCGCGCUGCGCUCUUUCCUGCAUGACAAGAAGAAGCAGAACAUAACCUCAACAGUCAUCUACUUCAUCUGGAACCUGGUUCUCAUCUCUUCUCGUCUCACUGCCCUCGCUCUUUUCGCCUCCGUGCUGCCCUGCUUCAUCUUCGCCCACUUCAUCUGCUCUUGGUUGGUUUUAUUCUUCUUCGCUUGGCGAUCCAAGACUGACUUCAUGGAAAGUCCUGGUGGAGAAUGGCUUUAUCGAGUUACUGUUGGCCUCAUUUGGUAUUUCAACUGGUUUAAUGUGGCCGAGGGGACGACGCGGUGCAGGACUGCGCUCUAUCACGGGUACAUACUGACUGAUAUUUGCAUCCUCUGUGCUGUGUGGUGCUGGAAGAUGAGCACAGAUCCUCCUGAUUUUGUGAUAGAGCCCAUGCACGCUUUAAUCACAGCUGCCUGUGUUGUUGUGGUUUACAUCCUCGGUCUAAUACUUAAAGUUAUUUAUUAUAAGUUCUUCCACCCAAACCCUGACAGAGAUGAGCUGAAAGGGGUCAGCACAGAGCAGCAACCUGAAGAUGAGGUGGUUUUUCGUAUGUUUGGAGCUGCAGCAAAGAUGGCAGAUCACGGUCUUCUUGCCCCAUCAGCACACUGCAAUAAAAGAAUGAGGAAGCUGGCCGAGAACUUCUACUCCUGAUGUGCACUUGACAUCCACAGGACGACUAGAAAUGUUUUAAUGUAGAAUGUUUUAAUCGAGAUCACUUCGCUGUGUUUUCUAGGACUCUGGUCUUUUGUCUGAUUAGCCACAGAUAUGUUUGAAGGCAUUACUCGUCUUAAUGUGGAGAUGAAUUUGAAUAUGCACUUUCUGCUGUGCAUUAAAUCAUUUCACUGUGUAUCAAACCAUUACAACAUAUCAGUCAUUAAAUUAAAGGGGAAAUGAGAGGCUUUAAUUAUCAAAUCUGUAUUAAAUAAUUGUUGUUUACACCUUUUUCACUGGAUUAUCUUUUCUAAAGAAUGUAACAGGUUAAAAUGAUUGUCAGCAGUGACUGAGUCUGCCAGCCCUCCUACCAGACAAGAAGGUUUCUAUGAAUGUCCACGUAAUCAGUCUCACUGUGCUUAGCACUGGAUUGAGUUGCUGCUACCAUAAACUGAGCAUGCGUGCCAACAAAAAACAAAACAAAAUAGACAUUUAUAGCAAUUUUUCCUCUUCACACAGUUAGCUGGUAGAUGGAAGGUGUUUGACUGUGGGGUAACCUGCUGUAUAUGUCUUGUUGUCACAUCAACAUGUGGACAUGCAAUAAAAACAGUCCUUACCCAUAUGAGUAAAGGGGCUCUGUAGCUUCAUGAUUAGUUUACCUUUGUUCUGGUUUUUCUUACUUCACUUUGAUUUGUGCACGGCUGCAGGGGAGGCUGACACAGCGGAGCUCAAUCAGUUCAUCACACCUCCACUGCAUAAGACGUGCCGGGACCUGUGUGUGUGUGUGUGUGUGUGUGUGUGUGUGGCUGCCAGCUGAAAAGCUGCGGCCGAGGGUUGGAAGAGACAAAAACUGAAUAUAAAGUGUGAACUGUGAGGUCGGGUCCGUCAUUCGUUGUCACCAUGUGCAAUGUACACUUUCCAUGAAUCUCACAGUGGAAAAUUCCUGGACAUUGAAGCCAAAUGUUUAUCACUUGAAGAAUCAGACUCCUUUUGAACAUUAUAUUUAUACUAAAUGUGUAUGUAAAUAUGGUGUCUGUAUAUUUAUGGCCUAUAUUUGUGACUGUGUUUCUUUUGUGGUUUAUUCCUGUAUGAAUAUUUAAAAACUUGACUCAAAGUAUUAAAAAUGUAUUUACAUUGCUUUACAGAAACAGGGAAAAAUCAUAGGACUGUGGGGGAAAGAUUGAUUACCUCAGUUAAAUAACCAGUGUUGAUUAUAUUAGGUUCAGCUUUAAGGACCUCUGCAUGUCUCCAAAUAGCUUUGAAUGUCUUUGAAAUGAGAAUAAUACAAAUAGGGGAAAAAAAGUGGAUAAAUGCUUUUAAGUUGCAGCAUUUGAACAUUUCUACUAAACUUUACAUUUGUGAAAAUGACAUUGGUUGUAUUUAUGAGGUUUCUACACAACACUUAAGCUUUAAAUAAUGUGCAUUAUGUUUUUAGUUGUUGUUAUUGUUUUGAACCAUUCAAAUGCAAAUCUAAACUCUGACAUGAAUGUUUUCUCCUUUUUACAAAAGAUGUUAGUUGUGAGUUCAGCUCACAUGUUGAUUAAUCACAGAAAUGAAUAUUUUAGACAUCAAAUCUCUGUUUGUUGAAAACUUUUUCAUCUCUUCUGUGUAAUUAUUAAAGUAUUAAAUCACUUCUUUUUC